AUGGGCCGCAAAGACUUUAUUGAAGACGUCAGAAAGCUUAAAGAAUACUUUCGCGGUUUAAACUCAAAAGCAAGCGCUUUAGUGAAAGGAUUCGACUUCCAGGAUCCAGAAUUGAGCUUUCGAUUCUCGCCUAAAUUAGGAAGACCGUUUACUGUUAAAUUCUAUGUUAACGACAACUCUCUGACAUCGUAUCCAGCGAAAUUCAGCGGAAUGUUGUGUGUGGAUGACGCGAAUGAAACAGCAAAUGCCGCGGCUGCACGUUUACAAAAGAUUCAAGAAGACCUUCACGACAAACCCGUUUCCUUGGUUAUUGCCCGCCUUGUAAAAGAACUCUGCGAUCUAUUCAAGAUGCAAGUGCCCAGGGAUCUCCAAGUAAAUGCGUUAAAAAAGUUUGCGCUGGCACGACCAACGCUGCUACCAGUUCCAUCCGUAUCGGCGUCCACGUCGACGUCGUCAUCGUCAAAAACGGCCUCUACUCCUGCUACCAUCUUGGCGAGAGAUAUUUUGGAAGCACGACAUUUUAACUAUCACGCAGAGUUACUUUGCUCGGAUGAAAUUGGAUUCAAGGUAGUCGUUUCGAUUCCAGUCUCUAGACUUGGCCUGAGCUUUGAAGCUUAUGAAGCAUGGAAUCUUAUUCCUACGCGUCAUCUAGUAUGCACGAUACAAUUCUCACCCAACUAUAUUGACUUGCAAGAAACAGUAACCAAUGCACUCAACAAGAAGGCUUACUUAAUAGGCGAGCGUGGAUUUAUAGACAUCAAAGAGGAGUUAAAGAAACAAUUUCCAGCACAUUUCACAGUAGUCACCUCGGAAUGUAAGCGAGGCAUGGCUAGUCAAAUGCAGAAUAACAAAGAGGAAGUCGAAAAUGAUCACUUUAUUCUAUCAUGGACACUAACCGAAUUGCUGCGUAGCAAAUUCUUUGACAUGUUAUGUGAUCGCGUCUGGUUUGGACUAGGAUGGGCUGAGGACUGUUUGCAUCAGGAUCAACAAUACCACCAACAACUACGUCAUCUUGAUGAGGAAGAAGUGGAAGAAGCAACUGCGUCCACCAACCGCAAUUUCCUUCUCCUGGUACUUAGAUAUUUGCGGCGACGUAUUCUAUUAUCGACCAAUUAUUGCCUGACGUGUCAUUACCCUCAUACGGAAUCUAUCACAUCCAUCAGACCGUUCGUGUGUGGAGCGGCAUUAUGUCAACAUCAAGCACUUGUUGGCCUGGGAAAUCUUUUUGAAGCCGCCCUAGUAAAUAGUCCCGUGGUAGUGGAUCUAUUAAUAUCACUCUGCUACGUAGCUCUAUCAGCUCACAACUUGAAUCCCUUUCCGUCCAAGGGAAUCGGAGCUACUAUUUCAACAAAGAGCACGGUUGAAAACUCACUCUACGUCGAGUGGGGCGACACACAGGGUAUAAUCGGUGGUACUACCGAAAGAGGAUAUGAAGCAUACGGUUGGAGGACAUUUGACAAUCAAGUGCAAGUGAACGACCUGUUGGAAAUUUACAGUCCGGAAACCGGUCAACCGUUUUCAGUGAAUAGAUGCAGUUCUCCGUCUGCCGUACGAGUUUUGGAUGUGCAACCUCAUUGUCUCGUUCUCGACUGUCAAAUUGUUAUCUCUUCGACAAUUGCGCCAAGUAAGCCAGUCUAUCUGCCGUUCAAAGUGUGUCGCCGAGAAGAGCUUAAUUUUCUCAAUCAUGAUGAAACACCUAAUUACGAGUUAUUAAAAGAGAAGAUUAAUUUGCUGCCGCCAGUCAAUGAGAUGGUGCAGUACGCUCAGAAGAAUUCGUUAAAGGCGGAUUUGGAUAAAAUCGAUUCCCUAUGUUUUCCUCUACUCUCGUGGAUUAUAUCGUCUAAUAGGACUCAUCUUCGUCUGUUAGAGUCUGACGACGAAAAAGUGCAAUAUAGUGAUCCUGCUAAUACAUACAGCAGCUGGAAGCAGUUUAUUAUGAUUAUGAGUUCACCUGAAAAAGAGGAGAAGUUUCAAAAGGAAAAACAAAGAUUGAGAGAUGAGAGGCGAGGGCAAACGCUUGGUGAAUUGUUUGCAUUCCACGGCUCUCCAUUGACUAACUGGCAUUCCAUUAUUAGAACUUCGCUUAAUUACAAUAAAGUAACCCAUGGAAGAGCGUUUGGCGAUGGUGUAUAUCACUCACUCCAAGCAGCGACUUCAGCAUCAUACGCUCACAACAAUUACUAUGGGAGAACUGAUGGCGGGUCUUGGAAAAAUUCCUUACUCAUUGUUCAAAAAUGUAUUGCGCUCUGCGAGAUAGUGAACCGACCAUCACAAUUCACGAGCACAAGCCCUCAUCUCGUCGUCAAAGACGAGUCUUGGAUUACAACACGCUACUUGUUUGUAGAUUGUCAACGAGAUCCCUAUGAUCAACAAAUUUCGGAUGAUGAUGAUGGCUUGGCAUCCACGCCUUUGACGUCAUUUUCACGCUCGCUUUCUCAAAUGGCACAGAAAACGCGCAAGCAACCGGAGCGUAUUACUCUUGAUCUUCAUUAUUGCCCAGUGUGGCUGAAUAAUAAGGCUCUCCAAAUUCCCAAACGUGAUUUUGCUAUAAUUUCGGCCGCUACACCAUCAGGCAGCAGUCAUAGAAAAGGACAGUUUCAACACGAUCAAAGCACGCUGUUGACUGCAGCUGGCGUUACGGGACAUGAAUCCAGCGGGUUAAUGUUUGAUGCAAUAGAUUGUGAUACCGAUUCAACUAUUUCAGAGGAAGAAUAUUCGGAUAAUGGCGCGUUUUCAGAUGUAAAAAAAGGAAAAGGCAAAGCUAAACAAGAGAGUGAUGACGAUGAAGAGGAGGACGACGAAGAUAACUACGGCUCUGACGAUGAUAUGGACACUGAUGAUUUUGCGGAUACUAUGGAUUACGAUGAUGAUAUGUACUUUAGAGACGAACCGCAAAAGCCUCCAGUACCAGUGAUCGAAAUAGAAGAUGAUGGAUUUGAUCCAACCUUGCUACCUCUUCCCGAGGAGUCUUCAACAACCGCCACUCGUCGCAUUUGCCAAGAGUUGAGGGUGAUUAUCAACAAACAGGACGAUGCAUCAAACGAUUGUGGUUUUUAUGUAAAUUUGGAGAAGCUUAAAUCAGUUUAUCAAUGGGUUGUCGAAAUCAGUAACUUUGAUCCUUCUAUACCGCUUGCACAAGAUAUGAUACGCCACAAGGUAAAAGCCAUCGAGCUAGAAGUAAGAUUUGCACCUCAAUACCCAUUCUUGCCUCCGUAUGUCCGAGUUAUAAGGCCAAGACUGCUGAGGUUCAUGGACGGUGGUGGCGGACACGUAACUGCUGGCGGAUCGAUUUGUAUGGAUCUGCUGACGCUCGGCAAUGGUCGUAACGAGUGCGGUUGGUCGUCUGCAUAUACAAUGGAAGCGGUCUUGUUACAAAUUAAGUUGGCGUUAAGCUCUCUUGAUCCACGACCAGCGAGACUCGAUCGUCGAUGGCAAAAGGAUUACAGUCCAAGUGAAGCAAUUGAUGCGUAUAUUCGCGUGGCUAAUCAGCAUGGGUGGAAGAUUCCUGACCAAUGGCAGCGAUUGUUUGGCCAUUAG